UCGCCAAGCGAUGUGACUGUCCUGACUCGACACCAGAAAUAAUGUUCACGCUCGAGGCCAGUUCACCAACGCUCCUCCUCCAUGUCAUUCAUCGCCCGCAAUGUCUUCCCACCGAUCCCGUCGCUCCCGCGUUCAUACUUCCUGGGCCAUCACAAAUCCGGGCUUGCCAAGAUGAAGCAACUGCUCACAUCCAUCGACCUCGUAGUUGAAUGUCGCGACUAUCGCGUGCCGCUCACCUCGCGUAACCCGCUAUUUGAAAGAGCUCUUGAGGGAAAGGAGCGCAUAAUCGUCUAUACGAAACGCGAUUUGGGCGGUGGGCCGCGCGAUCAGAAGAACGAAGAGUUGAUUCGCGGAUGGCACAAAGGGAGCACAGUCAUGUUCGUGCGCAACGGCGAAGAAGAGAGAGACAGCCGAAAGGCGACGGGCAAAGUGCUUGAAGUACUGCGCGAGCAUGCUGAAAAGCGAUGGAAGCUUGUCGGCCACCGAGUCAUGGUUGUCGGCAUGCCCAACGUCGGCAAAUCCACACUGCUCAACGCACUGCGCGGGCUCGGUCUAGGCAAGGGCAAAGUCGCACGCACAGGCGCGCAGCCCGGCGUUACGCGGAAGGUUGGCAGUGGUGUCAAGAUCAUACCCAGCGAGGACGAUGUGAACGCAGGGAAGGGCGAGAGGGGUGUAGGGGGAGGAGUGUAUUUGCUCGACACGCCGGGUGUGUUCAUCCCGUAUGUGCCUGACGCAGAGGCGAUGAUGAAGCUGGCGCUUUGUGGCAGUGUAAAGGACACCAUCAUCCCGCCCGUCAUGCUUGCGGAUUAUCUCCUGUUCCACAUCAAUCUGGUCGAUCCGAAGCUGUACGCCGAGUAUGCGCCAGGCCCGACGAACGAUAUCGUCGAGCUGUUGGAGUUGGUUGCUAAGAAGACGGGGCGGUAUGGCAAGAAAGGGGUGGUCGACCACGAAGCAACUGCUUUGUGGUUGAUCCAGAAGUGGAGACGCGGUGAAUUGGGGAGUUUUGGGUUUGAUCGGAUUGACGAGGAGAGCUUGAUGAAGGCGAGGCUGGAGGAGGAGGGGAUGCAGCCAAGUAUGAAUCAGGCAAGGAAGAUGGAGAGGGAACGGAGGAGGGCGAGGAAUAUCGCGAGAGGAGAGAAUUGAGAUGCAUGCUGGGGAGUCUGCUCCAUCGCUGUCGUUUAAAAGUGUCUAUAAGCUCCGCUAUACCCAAAUGUACAUUAUUCUGGUUCUUUGAGUUGAUUCUAUGGGAUGUUCGCCAAUUAUAGCAGAG